AGAGGUGCAAAGCAUUUGAAAUGUCACCUAUGUUACGAAUAAUUACUCAAUGUGGGCUGAUAAAACUAAAGGGAGCUGCAGCUUUUCUGAUUCAUCCAGUUCAGUCUGCACAUCAGGACAGAGUUACACUGCACUAUAAAACCACCACCAGACUGGACACGAUCAGUCCAACACUGUUACAUGAAGGAGUUUCUCCAUCAGUCAUUAAUACAACCACAGCUACACAUGUGAUCAUAGCUGUGAGCUACGGAGCUCAAGCCUUCUUUGUGUUUGAUAAUGAGAGAAUCAACAAAGAGAAAAAUACUGAAAUGGAAAACAUCAUAAAAAAAAUUACAUCCACAUUCAGUGCAAAAGACAUACUCUCAAGCCUUACAGACGAUGAAAAAUCAAGCAGUAUUUUAUAUGACUGUAAGCUGUAUACUGAUGUGGGUGACUGGAAGAGUUCAGUGUCUUUUGAUGAGGCAGUGGAGAUCUAUGGGUCUCUACCAGAUCUGCUUGGAUCUAAAAGUGAGAGAGCGGUUCCUCUGAAGGUUUGGCUUUACCCUCUAAAGAAACUAGAGAAGACCUCAGCGUGUGCUGCUCUCAGUGAAGUUUUGAUGAACAAAGCAGAGAACAAUCUAGAAAAUCUGAGAAAACAGAUCAGGAUGUGUGAGGAUAUGAUGACAGACUAUGAUAACCUGAGUGUGAUGACAUGGUUUCCUGCUUUAAAAGAGAAACUUAAGAUUUUUUCAAAACUUCUGCUGGGAUAUCAAACAGAAUUUCAACAAAAAACUGCAGACAUUAUUCAAACAUUAAAUGUCAGUCAAGAAGGACAGAAAAGCGUACAAGAACUUAUCAGCAUCAGUGACCAGUCUCCAUUUAAUCCAGAUAACACACAACAAUGGCUUGAGACUAAGGACAUUCAACUUGUAAUUUUAAAUAUGUGUAGAGCAGCGAACAUCAGUAUUUUAAAAUCACAGAAGGAGCUUCAGCAUUUCAUACAGAAUCCACAGAAGAGCAGAGUGUUUUGCUUCACUAUUUCACCAAUAGAUGCUGAAGAUUCUUUCCUCGCUGCUAUGAAGCAACACAUCACUUUAAUGAAAGAGUGCACAUUGACCGGAGCAGAUUACAUGAGUCCACUGCAAGCACUCAAGUCUGAUUGUAUCAGCCAGAAAGUUGUUUUUGACCUACAAAUGUUCAUUGCUGCAAAAGAGACAAAUGAAGAAGAAGAAGAAACCAAAUUCAUUGGAGCAUCUGUACCAGGUGACUUUAAUGGGCACACUGUGCACUUUUAUUAUGAUGGCAAGAUUGUAAGCAGAAAUGUAAAGCUUGAUUCAAAUCCAGAUCCUGCAACAAUAAUGUAUGUAGAAGAGACCCGUGUGUACAUAAAGCUGAAACAUCCAAUGAGCAAAAUCCCUGAGAGAUAUGUGGUCGAGUACAGAGUUUUGGCUGAUGGUAUUAACAGCAAUAAAUGGGAACACUGUGUUAUAGUCAUAGAUGCAUCAGCUCUGAAAGAAAUCUAUACUGUGUCACAUCUGAAACCAAACACACAGUAUCAGCUGAGGUAUAUGAUCAUAUUCAAGGACUAUAUGAGCUAUGUCAGUGGGAUCAGUACCUUCAAGACUUGCAGACUUGCACCAGUUCCUGGACAACCUUUUGUUAAUAAGCUGAACACCAACACUAUCACACUGACCUGGUUAAAGGCUCAAUCAGAUAAAUAUUUUCCAGUUCUGCAGUAUAUGGUUGAGUAUAGAGAAGCAGGACUGGAAGGCUGGUCAUCCGUAUUAACACAAGGACCUUUGUGUGAGUGUACUUUAACUGUACCUCACAGCACCUGCUAUAGAGUCAGAGUAUCUGCUGUCUAUGAGGACCUCAUUAGCAAACCUAGUGAGGAAACAUCUGUACCUGUCGAUGUCUGGAUCAUAAACCUCUCAGAGAGAAAGAGCUCCAUCCUCCUAGAAGUGCUGAAACUCCAAACAGAGAAGAAACCAGUAGAGCUGAUAGACUGGAUAGAUGAUGAGAGUGAAGUGAGAGGAUUCAUCCAGUGUCUGCCAUACAUCUCACAACUGAGAUUUAUUAAACCACCAAACAAUUCAUCUGAACUGUGGGAAAAAAGAAAGAGAUUAUUUAUACUGGAUUUGUGUCUGCAAGCUGCUGUCUGUCAGAAAGAGACCAUAGAGACAACUGUGAAGAUGCUGCUGUCAUCUGUCAAUUAUGAGAAAUGUGAUUUUCUGCUGGAUCUGUGUUCACAUGUGAAGGACUAUGAGAGUCAAACAGGCAGCAGUGUCCUACCAGCAUUACAGUCAAUUUAUCAGUCAUCUCCUGCAGUCUGGAUCAUAAACCUCUCAGAGAGAAAGACCUCCAUCCUCCUAGAAGUGCUGAAACUCCAAACAGAGAAGAAACCAGUAGAGCUGAUAGACUGGACAGAUGAUGAGAGUGAAGUGAGAGGAUUCAUUCAGUGUCUGCCAUACAUCUCACAACUGAGGUGA